AUGGCGCCGCGAUCAAGAGCUAGCGGUUUGGACACCGACGCAUCAAUGUCAGAUGCACCGGAAUACCGUAGAGGAGAAGAAAUGGAAGAUGAUACAAUUCGACGAUUUCGAUAUCUUCUCGGUCUAACUGACCUCUUUCGUCACUUCAUCGAGACGAAUCCCGACCCCAAGAUUCGAGACAUCAUGGCCGAGAUUGAUCGCCAAAAUAACGAGGCAGCCCACAGCAAGAAAGGCGCUGGCCGACAGGGAGGAGCUACCAGUGACCGUCGCCGGCGAACCGAGGCCGAAGAAGAUGCCGAACUUCUCAAGGAUGAGAAGCACGGGGGUUCUGCCGAAACCGUGUUCCGUGACUCGCCACACUUUAUUCAAGGGCAGAUGAGAGAUUACCAGGUCGCAGGCCUAAACUGGCUAAUCUCUCUUCAUGAGAAUGGUAUUUCUGGAAUUCUUGCCGACGAAAUGGGUCUCGGUAAGACUCUUCAAACAAUUUCUUUCCUAGGAUAUCUUCGGCACAUUGCGGGCAUUACCGGUCCGCACUUAAUCACUGUGCCAAAGUCGACACUUGAUAACUGGAAGCGGGAGUUCGCCAGGUGGACGCCGGAGGUCAACGUUUUGGUUCUGCAAGGCGCCAAAGAAGAGCGACACAACCUUAUCAACGAGCGCCUCGUGGACGAGAAAUUCGAUGUUUGCAUUACCAGUUACGAAAUGAUCCUAAGAGAGAAGGCUCACCUGAAGAAAUUUGCUUGGGAAUACAUCAUUAUUGAUGAGGCACAUCGUAUCAAGAACGAGGAAUCCUCCCUGUCUCAGAUCAUCCGACUGUUCCAGUCCCGAAACCGACUCCUCAUCACAGGUACUCCUCUGCAAAACAACCUUCACGAACUUUGGGCUUUGUUGAACUUUCUGUUGCCCGAUGUGUUUGGCGAUUCCGAGGCAUUUGACCAAUGGUUCUCAGGUCAAGAUCGUGAUCAAGAUACUGUUGUUCAGCAGCUGCACAAAGUACUGCGACCUUUUUUGCUGCGCCGAGUCAAGAGUGAUGUCGAAAAGAGCUUGCUUCCAAAGAAGGAGGUCAAUGUGUAUUUGGGCAUGUCUGAUAUGCAGGUCAAGUGGUAUCAGAAGAUCCUGGAGAAGGAUAUUGACGCCGUCAAUGGCGCUGGUGGCAAGCGAGAGUCAAAGACUCGACUUCUCAACAUUGUCAUGCAGCUUCGAAAGUGCUGCAACCACCCAUACCUCUUUGAGGGUGCUGAACCUGGUCCACCUUACACUACAGACGAACACUUGGUAUACAACGCCGGAAAGAUGGCUGUUUUGGACAAGCUCCUUGUCCGACUCCAGAAACAGGGUAGCAGAGUCCUCAUUUUCUCCCAAAUGAGUCGUUUGCUUGAUAUUCUUGAGGAUUACUGCGUUUUCAGAGAUUACAAGUACUGCCGUAUUGAUGGUGGAACCGCCCACGAAGACCGAAUUGCUGCCAUUGAUGAUUAUAACAAGCCCGGCUCCGAGAAAUUUGUCUUUCUAUUGACCACCAGAGCUGGUGGUCUAGGUAUCAAUCUGACAACUGCCGACAUUGUUAUCCUGUACGAUAGCGAUUGGAAUCCACAAGCCGAUUUGCAGGCAAUGGACCGUGCCCAUCGUAUCGGACAGACAAAGCAGGUGGUUGUGUAUCGAUUCGUGACCGACAAUGCCAUCGAGGAAAAGGUUUUGGAGCGCGCCGCACAAAAGCUCCGUCUUGAUCAGUUGGUCAUUCAACAAGGGCGUGCACAGAUUGCGGCCAAGGCUGCAGCGAACAAGGAUGAACUGUUGUCCAUGAUCCAGCAUGGUGCAGAAAAGGUGUUCCAGUCCAAGGGCGCAACAGGAGACUUGCAGGGUAAAAAGGAGCUUCAUGACGAUGAUAUCGACGCCAUCCUUAACCAGGGCGAAAAUAGAACCAAAGAGCUCAACGCCAAGUAUGAGAAGCUGGGAAUUGACGACCUUCAGAAAUUUACGUCGGAGUCCGCGUACCAAUGGAAUGGUGAAAAUUUUGCCAACGUCAAGAAGGAUGUCGGUAUGAACUGGAUCAAUCCUGCGAAACGUGAGCGCAAGGAACAAUCGUACUCUAUGGACAAGUACUUCCGACAGGCCAUGUACGGAGACCCCAAGGGUGAUGGUAAACCUAAAGCUCCGCGCGCACCCAAGCAAAUUCCUGUUCAAGACUACCAAUUCUACCCACCACGUCUCCGAGAUCUCCAAGACAGAGAGACGGCCUACUAUAGAAAGGAAAUUGGGUAUAAGAUCCCCCUUCCGGAUGGUGACGAAGAGACUCUGUCUGAUCGAGAAGCUGAACGGGCUCUCGAUCAACAAGAAAUCGACAAUGCCACUCCACUGACUGAGGAGGAAAAGAAAGAGAAGGAGGAAUUAUCAACACGAGGGUUCGGUAACUGGAGCCGAAGAGAUUUCCAGCAGUUUGUCAAUGGAUCCGGCAAGUAUGGGCGUCACGACUACGAGGGUAUCUCGAAUGAAAUCGACAGCAAGACGCCUGCAGAGAUCAAGGCAUAUGCCAAGGUCUUUUGGCAACGGUACACGGAAAUUGCCGACUACACCAAAUCCAUCAAGGUAAUCGAGGACGGAGAGGAACGUACGCGCAAGAUUGAGAACCAGCGCAAGCUACUGCGCAAGAAGAUGUCUCAGUACAGAGUGCCUCUGCAGCAGCUCAAGAUCAACUAUUCAGUCUCCACUACCAAUAAGAAGGUGUACACAGAGGAAGAGGACCGAUUCCUGCUGGUCCUCCUCGACCGAUACGGCAUCGACUCAGAGGGCUUGUAUGAAAAGAUGCGUGAUGACAUUCGCGAGUCCCCCCUCUUCCGAUUUGACUGGUUCUUCCUCAGCAGAACUCCGACCGAGCUCUCCCGCCGCUGCACAACCCUUAUCACUACGAUUGUUAAGGAAUUUGAAGACGUGCCUGCACGGGGGUCCAACGGUGUCAAUGGCAAAACUAAGCGUGAGCCAGAUGACGACAACGACGAGGACAGUAUCCUUGGUGCACCUGCGAAAAAGAAGUCCAAGAAUGGCGUUAAGAACAAAGCUCUGGACAAUGUCAAGUCAAGCAAGGCUUCCUCUAGAGCCCCUUCCCGCGCAUCCAGCGUCGCCUCAACGGGUUCAAACACCACGUCUAAAGGCAAAAAGGGCAAGAAGAGAAAGUGA